AUGAUUAACGGAGGCUGGGUGUGCGCGUUGAAUGUCCGUACGGCGGGGCUAGGGGGCGCAGCGCUGGGUUCCGACGAGGAAGAGGUUGUCUAUCUAGCGUAUGUCGUAAUAGACGUGCUCACCAACCAGGUGAUUGGUGAGAGGGAGUAUGCCGUCCGUCCGACUAGGAGGCCCUCCGAGGAACUGCAGACCGGCCAGCCGUUGGAUGUAGUGGUUCAACAGGUGGAUGAGUUCGUCCACUCCCUGCAGGUGGACCCUCUGUCUCCACUGUUCCGACUGGUCACGGACGGCCAGCCGCCUCUCAGACAAUGUCUCCACCCUGAAGCGUGCUCCAAGGAUAUAACCCUGCCUCCCUACUAUGCUCGUUUCCACGACCUCCGCAAGGAAUACGUGAGGGCGUACACUCUCCGAGCGGUCACAAGAUCCCAGCCACCACCUCCAGAUCAUCCUAACAGCAUCUCGGACAUGAUGGGCUAUCUAGGCAUCACUCCAUACACCGGGGAAAACUUCUACGCGGCCGAGGUUAAAGAUAUGGCGGCCAUUAUACAGAGGAUUAUCGCUGAUGGCUUCAGACUAGAACUGCCGGAGACGAUCGAUCUGGUCCUAGAAACUGGAAUUUGCUCAAAGGACGAUGAAAUUGACGGGAACUGCAUAGUACGAGCUCGUGGUCUACCUUGGCAGUCUUCGGACCAGGAUAUAGCUAAGUUCUUCAGGGGACUCAAUGUUGCUAAGGGUGGAGUAGCUCUUUGUCUAUCACCUCAAGGCAGACGGAACGGGGAGGCGUUAGUACGUUUCGUGUCUCAAGAACACAGGGACAUGGCGCUCAAGAGACACAAACAUCACAUCGGACCUCGGUACAUAGAGGUGUACCGUGCCAGCGGAGAAGAUUUCCUAUCAGUGGCUGGUGGCGCCACCUGUGAGGCAGCGGCCUUCCUGUCACGAGGGGCGCAGGUUAUAGUGCGAAUGAGAGGCCUGCCUUAUGACGCGACCCCGCAACAAGUUCUGGAAUUCUUCUCAUCGGGCGAAGACCCAGUCCAAGUUUUAGAUGGUGCAGACGGAGUGUUAUUCGUGCGUCGAGCAGAUGGCCGCGCUACGGGAGAUGCUUUUGUCUUAUUCAGCAAAGAGGCCGACGCUCCCAAAGCAUUAGCAAGACAUAGGAAACUUAUAGGAGCCAGAUAUAUUGAGCUGUUCAGGAGUACAACGGCUGAGGUUCAACAGGUGUUAAACCGCUCGUUGGAGAGUCGUGGCCAGACGCCUGGAGCCCAGGAGUUGGUGCCAGUGACUCUCGUUCCACAACACGUCAUCACUUCCGGUACAGCCAAAGACUGUGUGAGACUCCGAGGCCUGCCUUAUGAGGCACAGGUGGAGCAUAUCUUGACGUUCUUGGACGAGUUCGCUAAGAACAUAGUGAUGCAAGGAGUUCAUAUGGUGUAUAAUGCGCAGGGUCACCCCAGCGGCGAGGCGUUCAUUCAGAUGGACAGUGAGGCGAGCGCCUUCCUGUGCGCGCAACAGAAACACCACAGAUACAUGACCUUCGGCAAGAAGCAGAGAUACAUCGAGGUGUUCCAGUGUUCGGGUGACGACAUGAACCUGGUGUUAACAGGCGGCGUGGGUCCCUCCCCUCCCAAGGUGCUGUCCCCCGGUACGUGCCUGCCCCCCGCGCCCCGCCUGCUCGCGCACCACAUCGCCCAGCAGAGCCUGCUGGCGCGACAACACGAGAACCUCUUGCUAUCAAUGCGGCCGCCCGUGUUGCCGAUUGUACCUAUACGUCCGCCCCCCUCCCAAUCAUACCCCCUCAUCCCUCAGUCAUUACUGCCCGCCAAGCGUAGUUACGAGCGAGCCUUCGCCCCAGAUCCGUCGCCCGCUAAGCGUCAAUAUAUCCAACCAUCAUUACCUCUGCCGAUGUUAUCCUAUUCAAGUUCUCCUUCUAUAUUCUCAUAUGCUAACACCGGUCCUAUGUUUACAUACAGCGCACUCCCCACUCUGCCGACAGUACCGGGUUAUGGCACGGCGUUAUCCGCGGCUCUCCCCCCCACUAUUACUACUCCCUUCCCUGGCUCGCUAUCCAUGUUCCCCACUUACCCUUACUACCCCGGGGUGUAA